AUGGUCGACCAUUCGAAAUGGAAGUUCAACCAUACCAUGCUGCGGGUGAAGGAUCCCCAGAAGUCACUCGAGUACUACAAACUACUUGGCCUGAGUCUGGUCAACAAACUCGAAUUUCCGGAUAACAAGUUUGACCUGUACUUCUUGGCCUACGAUGGUCCUCACUCAGCCUCUCCAGGCAGCCACUGGACUGACCGUGAAGGUGUCCUCGAGCUCACCCACAACUAUGGUACGGAGAGCGACGCCAACUUUACCAUCAACAACGGCAACAAAGACCCACACAAGGGGUUUGGACACAUUUGUGUGAGCGUGGACAAUCUCCAAGCCGCGUGCCAGAGGAUCGAGGAUGCGGGCUACAAAUUCCAGAAAAAACUCACGGAUGGGCGCAUGCGGAGUAUCGCGUUUGCCCUUGACCCCGACGGGUACUGGGUCGAGAUAAUCGGGCAAAAGAACGUUGACGAGACAAAGGACAUCACCACGACCGACACUUCGGCAUACCGAUUUAACCACAGCAUGAUCCGCGUCAAGGACCCGGAGAAGAGUCUGAAAUUCUACCAAGAUGUCAUGGGUAUGACUCUCCUCCGUACUUCGGAGCAAAAGGAGGCCAAGUUCACACUGUACUUCCUCGGAUACCCCGGCGACUUUGCCAUUCCCAAGCCAGAAGAUACCCCGAACGGAGUCAACCCUCUGGCUCAGAAGGAAGGGUUGCUGGAGUUGACCUGGAACUACGGCACAGAGACACAAGAAGGCAAAGUCUACCACAACGGCAACGAUGAACCUCAAGGAUUUGGACACAUCUGCAUCAGUGUCGAUGACCUUGACAAGGCAUGCCAGUUCAUGGAGGAUAAACAGGUGAACUGGAAGAAGCGGUUGACCGAUGGCAGGAUGAAGAAUGUGGCCUUUGUUCUGGACCCGGAUGACUACUGGAUCGAGAUCAUCCAGAAUGAGAAGCUGAAGAAAACUAGCGAUUGGUAG